AUGUUUCAUUCGACUGCAGCGGCCGCGUAUUCCGACAUGACGGCAGCUGCGGUUGCGACUGGAAACUCGGGUUCCUACCAUCAGACGGCUUCGGCAGCAGCAGCGGCCGCAGCAGCCGCCAAUGCACCGGUCUAUGUUCCUUCCAACCGAGCGCUUACCCACUCGCAGUACGGCCAUGCGGCUAAUUUCCCCGCGCAAAACGGUUGGCCGGCGGAUAGUUUCGGCACUACCCACACUCAGCUCCCGCCGCAGUUCUACGCGCAGAACAUGAUGAUGGGCUCCUGGCGCGCCUACGACCCGACCGGAUUCCAGCGAACGUCACCAUAUGAUAGUGCAAUGGAAUUCCCGUUCGGCGAGGGACGAGAGUGUGUCAAUUGUGGGGCCAUCUCAACACCACUCUGGCGUCGCGACGGCACCGGUCACUAUCUCUGCAAUGCAUGCGGGCUCUAUCAUAAGAUGAACGGUAUGAAUCGUCCCUUGAUAAAGCCAAGCAAGAGAUUGGUGAGUACUGCCACUCGCCGUUUGGGUCUUUGCUGCACGAACUGCGGCACACGAACCACUACGCUGUGGAGAAGAAACAACGAUGGCGAACCGGUGUGCAACGCGUGUGGGUUGUACUUCAAGCUGCACGGCGUCAAUCGACCGUUGGCGAUGCGCAAAGAUGGCAUUCAGACGCGUAAACGAAAACCGAAGAAAAGUGGUUCCGGGGCGGGAGGAGCGACCGAUGUGAUGGCCCUCGUUGGGGCUGGCAAAAAGGAGGAAAUGAGUGACGGCUCCCAUCUACACACAGAUCGCAAUGGAAACUCCAAAAAUCUGUCGGUGAGUCCUAAGACGCCGAACUUAACGUCACCGCCGCUACGAUCUCUACACAUAUCGCCUCAUCACCACCAAUCGUACAACCUGUCCUCGUCACUGACGUCGUCCCAUCACUCAUCGUCGCUGAACCUAGGAGGCAAAUACGAUCUCUCAUCGCUGUCCUGUGCAGGGUCCUUGGGCGGUGGUAAUCUCACCGGUUCCGUUUCCUCAUCCCAGCAACAGCAACAGGCGCACAACACAUCCCCAUUUUACUCGUCCUCCGCAUCGAAUCCUGUGCAUCAUUCUCCUGCAUCAAACAACUACAUCCACAAUUCCGGAACCAGCCUAGGAGCGUCUCCGUUCGGUCAAAUUAAGUCCGAAUCCAGUCCGCUUGCCGCUUCAACUCCAACUUCAGUCGGCUCUAACGGAUAUGGAGAUUAUAUGAACAACUGUCUGCAGAGCGGUUACUUUGGGGGCACUUUUGGUUCUCUGCACAGUCACCAUAGUCCUCACUCGGCAGCUGUGAGCGGAGCCGUCAAUGGAGCUCUAACCCAUGGUCAUCAUCAUCAUCACCACCAUCAUCACAGCACAGCUGCCGAUCUCGCUGGAUAUCAUCAUCAGCACAACGUUAUACAAGCAGCCAAACUGAUGGCCUCGUCCUAG